UGAGCAUUUACCACCAUCAGAACCAGCCGUAAUGGGAGCAACUGCACCCCCGAAGUUUACGCUUUAUAGCGACGUCGCCUCCCAGUGGGCAUACGUCCCUCAUCUCGCCCUCGACGAAAAGGGAUACAAAUCUGACGAGUAUGAAGUUAAGCAGGUUGGCCUCUGUAAGUUCGAACACCCUUAUCGCAACCAUGAACCUAAUAGAUAUUCUGCAGUGGACGCCGAGAAUUUCAACCCUGAAUAUCUCAAAAUCAAUCCAAACGGCACCAUUCCGUCUUUGACAUCCGCAUCGCUUCCAAACCCUCUUACUGAAAGCGCAGACAUCGUCAAGUACUUAGACUCUAACCGUCCAAAUGGCCAGCCCCUAUUCCCAACCGAUACGAAGCUAGCAUCCAAAGUUGAAGAACUCAUUACGCACGUCCAUCAAGAGCGUCUCUCAACAAACCUCAUCCUCCUCCAAGCGCGUGAUGCGGACGAAUUCCACGCAAAAACAGCAAGUGGAAUGAAAGCAUUCGUCGACAAGCGGCAGGAAAAACUGGUCAAGUAUGGCCUGGCACACCCGGAAUUCCCACUCUAUGCAAUGCGCACUCCAGACAAUGGACAUUUAUAUCGUCUGUAUAAUUCUGAGGAGAUCUCACCUGAACAUGAGCAGUUCUUUGAGGCCUCGCGCCAGGGAUACAGGGAUUAUGCUGGAGGCCUUGAUAAGCUGAACUCUAUGCUGGUACUGCCUUAUGCUGCUGGGGAUGAGGUUACAGCUGCGGAUGUGCACAUUAUACCCUGGUUGGCUCAUGCGAUGUGGGCUGCGGGUGCAAAGUCCAUUGAUGACUUUGAGCCCCUUAGGAAGCUUGUCGCGAGAUCUGUACCGGGCUUUGAGUUUGGGGAGAAUAUCAAGAUAUGGUGGAGGAAUGUUGCGGCGAGGGAGAGUUUUAAAAAUAACUAUCCUACCCUGCAUUAAGUCUCUUCUAUAAAAGUCUGAUGGUUGUGGCUGUUAUAUCUCCUCUGCUAUCAAGUUCCUUUUAUCUCAUUCUCUUCUGGACUCACCCAGACUGAAGGUGUUUCGACCAAUAGAUAGCAGGGUUUAUUGUAAUACUGCUGGAACCGAAAGGAUUGAAUCGUUUCCUUUGCAGAUUCUUUGUAGGUCGGCCAUGAUACGUGGUAUUCUUCAUGUUGUCUUACUAUUCAGUAGCCAUGAGCUUUGUUGAAUCCAAUUCAAGACACACCACACCUGAGAGGCAGCAC